AUGCAAACAAGAAUGGUGGCAUUCAAAGAGAGCAAGGACCCUGUCAUUACUGUUAGAAUGAACCAAUCAAGGGUUUUGCCAUUGAGAGUCCUUCAAUGUUUCAUGCUCUUUUUGGUUCUUGGUCUUGCGAUUUCAAUCGUAAGUCUCAACACCUUUCGAUAUUUUGCCAUUCACAGUUUAUCCCCAGUUGUUACAAGGUCUACUAUUCUGCAUUGCUUUGAUAAGCCACAAGGCAUUGCAACUUGGGUCACCCCCCCUUCAAUUUUAUUGCAUACCAUGAAUGAUACAGAAUUGUUUUGGGGCGCUUCAUUUGUUCCUCAAAUAAAAGAAUAUCCAUUCAAGAGGGUUCGCAAGAUUGCAUUCAUGUUUUUGGCAAAAGGACCAUUGCCAUUGGCACCUCUUUGGGAGAGGUUUUUCAAGGGUCACGAGGGGUUUUAUUCGAUAUACGUCCAUUCUCUGCCAUCUUAUGUCCACAACUUUACAGCUUCAUCAGUGUUCUACAAGAGACAAGUCCCAAGCCAGAACGCAGAAUGGGGGAUGAUGAGUAUGUGUGAUGCAGAGAGGAGACUUCUGGCUAAUGCAUUGCUUGAUAUCUCAAAUGAGUGGUUUAUCCUUGUGUCAGAGUCCUGCAUUCCUCUCCAAAACUUCAGCAUCAUUUAUCACUAUAUAUCGAGGUCUCAUUACAGCUUUAUGGGUGCAUUUGACGAACCCGGGCCCAAUGGUAGGGGACGUUACAACUGGCAAAUGCAACCUGAGGUCACACUUGACCAGUGGCGUAAAGGGUCUCAGUGGUUCGAGGUUGAUCGGGAACUUGCAGUUAGAAUAAUCCAAGAUACCAAAUACUACCCCAAGUUCAAGGAAUUUUGCAGACCAGCAUGUUACGUGGAUGAGCACUACUUCACUACAAUGCUUAGCAUCGAAAUUCCACAUCGAUUGGCAAACAGGACUCUUACAUGGGUUGACUGGUCAAGGGGCGGUAAUCAUCCAGCUAGUUUUGGGAAGGUCGAUAUUACAGAGGGAUUAUUCAAGAAGAUUUUUGAAGGUCAGACGUGCCUUUACAAUAACCAGCCAUCCACAGUUUGUGUCCUUUUUGCAAGAAAGUUUGCUCCUAGUGCCUUAGAUCCUCUAUUAGGAUUAACAUCAAAAGUUUUUGGGUUUUGAUGAAAGCAUGUUACUGAGAUGCAUAUCUGCAGAAGCACUAGAUGACACAUUGAUUGGUGAUGAUAACCCAGUAUAUGCUAAUGCUAGGUGUGAUUGGAUUGUCUUGCCAUGCUGCACAUGUGGUGGGUUUAUAUAUUUGAAUGUAUUGGAAGUAGAAUACUGUGUUGACGUGGUCUAGCUCGUGACAUUAUAAUAAUAACUUAAUAAGCA